CUCUCUCUCGUUGCCUCGUGAUUCGCACGUGAUCGUCCCUUCUGUCUAACCCUAAACCCCCCGAGUCAAAAUUCUUCUCUCUGACUCGAACUCCCCCAACUCACCACUUAUUUCUACCCCUUUUUUUUCCCUACUUAUUACGGUUGUAGAGGCUUCUUGUGCUGAUGAUGAAUUUGCAACAAGUUGUGCCUCCCAAGUCCACUGCUAAUGGAUUUGGCCGUAGAAGAGGUGAAAGAGAAGGGGGGACUAGGCUGGAGAAUAAAUUGCCAUCUGGAAAAUCUAACUCUGCUAGAGUCACAAGUACAGGUGCACUGAGUGGUGGCAAAUUUGGAGGUUUUGAGAGCCCUUCCCAUGAUCGGUUAUUAUAUGUGACAACAAGUCUUAUAGGACUUCCAGUGGAUGUCCAAACGAAAAAUGGAUCAAUAUACUCUGGAAUAUUUCACGCAACUAGUGAUGAAAAAGAGUUUGGAGUCAUAUUGAAAAUGGCUCGGUUGACAAAAGAUGGUAAUCCACGAGGCCAGAAAAUGGAGACUGUUAGCAAGGCACCUUCAAGUAUUUUUGUUAUACCUGCCAGUGAACUUGUGCAAGUUAUAGCAAAGGAAGUGGCUGUAACUAGCGAUGGAUUGGCAAGUGAGCUACAGCGAGAAAAGCAGCAUGAAAUUAUGAUAGAUUCAUGCAUAUCACAGUCUCGUCAUGUAGAUGUAGAAAGAGAGCUAGAACCAUGGAUACCAGAUGAAGAUGCCCCGCAUCUACCUGAAUUGGAAAAUAUAUUUGAUGGCCCCUGGAAUAGGAACUGGGAUCAGUUUGAAAUAAAUGAAACAUUAUUUGGUGUGAAGACUACUUUCGAUGAGGAAAUUUAUACAACAAAACUUCUGAGGGGCCCCAAAACGAAAGAGUUGGAAAGAGAAGCUAUGAGGAUAGCCAGAGAAAUUGAGGGUGAGGAUACUCAAGAUCUUCAUUUAGCAGAGGAAAGAGGCAUGAAUCUUCAUGAAAGUUUUGAUAUCGAUGAGGAGACCCGAUUCUCUUCGGUCUACCGUGAUAGUGCCCUUGAUGAUAGUGGAUAUGAAGAAGAUGAGGAUAUAAUGUUGGAUUCACGCAAUGAUGAAACCUUUGGUGGUCCAUCUGCUUCUGUGAGCCAGAGACCUGCUGAUUUUACCAGUGGGAAGAGAAAUGAUGCAGCUCGAGUGUCUUCAAGCUCUUCGUUAGUGCAGGAUGAGGCGCAGUCUUCCCACUCUAGUACUGUUGCAGAUCCACAACGCUUGGUUUCUUAUGAUCUUGUUAGACAGAUGGCAUCUGAAACUCCACAUAAAAGUAUUUCUACUUUGGACAGUGAAAAAAGAUUUGAAAUUUACAGGGUCCAUGAGAAUUUGCCUGGUGAACAUGGAGGAAAUAGUUAUGCUAAGGAGUUUUUAGAUAAGCAUCUGCUACCGGAGGAUGCUCAACUGUCAAAAUCAGAAGAUUCAGAGUCAUUAGAGAGCAACGUAGAUGGUUUUGACAAAGUGGGACUAUCUGCAAAUGCCUCUGCUUAUGCUCCAUCCCGUGCUCCAUCAAAGAGCAAUGAGAAGACCAGUUCACCUGGUGAACAAUUGGAGGCGCCGGCACCUAGUAAGGCACCUGGAGAACCACAAUCUGUAAUUUCUCGUGGAAGGCCUGGUAGUUCUGCGUCAUCCACUUCAGAAUGUGCAGUAGCUGCUUCAGCUUCUAGUGGUCCUGGUUUAUCACCAAGCUCAUCAGGGGGUUCUAUGUCUUCGGAAAGAUCAACAUUGAAUCCUCAUGCCAAGGAAUUUAAACUCAAUCCUAACGCAAAGAGUUUCGUCCCAUCUCAAGCGGGUGCUAGGCCCCAAUCCCCUGUCACUGAUAGUCCCUUCUAUCAUCCACCUAAUGUAUCUGCAGUACCACAUAUCCCUGGCAUGCCCGUAGGUUUUGGAAUUGGACCUGCAUUUGCUGGGCACCAGCCUGUCAUAUAUAAUCCUCAGGUUCCAAUGCAAUCACCCCAAGCCUAUUAUCACCCACAUGGACCUCAGUAUGGACAACAGAUGGUUGUUGGCCAAUCCCGGCCACUCUUUUACAUGCAGAGCUACCAGCAGCCUGAAAUGCCGUAUAAAGGACGAGAAUUUUAGCCAGUUGAUCAGCUGAUAAACAUUCUUGGCAGCUAUGUUCUGUUCUGCUUGCCAAGGAUGAAUCUCUCGAGACUGAUUGGAACAAACAAUUUUCUGGGAACAAAAUUGGCGCCUCCGGCCGCGAACGUUUGCCUAAAAAUUGUGAAUCCCAUAUGUGCUGAGCGAUUUUUCUUCAUUAUGGGAUAUAAUUCAAAUAACCCUGUAUGCCUCACUCAGUCAUAACUCGGAUUCUUUUCUUUUGCUAUAAUUGUACUGUCUGGUUUUCUUCUUCUCUUCUUUUUUUUUUUUCUUUUUCCUUUUUUCCUUUUUAAUGUCAAAUUAGUUUGGAUUAAUUUAAAAUGGAAAUUGGAAAGUAACUCUCUGAUGUACCCUGCUUCA